GAACACAGCUCAGUGUGUGAUCAACCUUUGGCGCAGAAGGUUCUCUCAGCGAGCUACUAUACACUCUCUCUUCCUUUACUACUGAGUAAUUGAGCCUUAACUGGAGAGAGGAGAAUCACUGAAGGGACAGACAGACAGAGAGAAAACAAUUUAUUCCGCUGUGUGCUGGUAGUGGAAUAGUUAAGCAGGGGGACCUAACUGCCGCUUGAGUUUUGAAAGGAGAGACCUCCAUAAGGAAUUGACUUAACCUUCCCUGGAUUCUGGUGGAUAUUCCUUAAGGAUUUUUGUAAGGAUUUGGAUAUUGUGGUAGUAGGACACUCGGAUUAACUGCCGAACGAAGGUUUCUAAGAGGAAUACAAACCUGAUUUAUUUUCCAGUUUUUCUUUUUUAUAGAUAUGGGUGUCUGAUCGUGUCAGGAGAGGCGUGUGUCUUCGUCGUGGGGAACAGAGGACGAGUGGUGCCCCGUGCCAACCUGGACCAUCAUGGUGCCUAACAUUCACCCUGCAGUACCCAUCCUGCCCAGAGGGGCGGCGCUGCCGCUGCUGUUACUCAGCUGCCUGGUGCUCUGCUCUCAGGCUGACAGCUUGCCAAGGUUCGUCAAGUCUCCCGAGGACCAGACGGGUAUAUCGGGUGGCGUAGCAUCGUUUGUGUGUCAGGCCACGGGAGAGCCCAAACCCAGGAUCACCUGGAUGAAGAAGGGGAAGAAAGUCAGCUCUCAACGCUUUGAGGUGAUCGAGUUCGAUGAUGGCUCUGGGUCUGUUCUGAGGAUCCAGCCGUUGAGGACACACCGGGAUGAGGCUAUUUACGAGUGCACUGCCACCAACACCGCCGGGGAGAUCAACACUAGUGCCAAACUCACCGUGCUGGAAGAGAACCAGAUUCCCCAUGGGUUCCCCAACAUCGACAUGGGUCCCCAGCUGAAGGUGGUGGAGCGGACCCGUACCGCCACCAUGCUGUGUGCUGCCAGCGGCAACCCCGACCCAGAGAUCUCCUGGUUCAAAGACUUCCUCCCUGUCGACAUCACCAGCAGCAAUGGACGAAUCAAACAGCUCCGCUCAGGUGGUGCACCAAUUAGAGGAGCCCUGCAGAUUGAGAACAGUGAGGAGUCGGACCAGGGGAAGUAUGAGUGUGUGGCCAUGAACAGCGCUGGAACACGGUACUCCGCCCCUGCCAACCUCUACGUCCGAGUCCGUCGCGUCCCUCCACGCUUCUCCAUCCCUCCCACCAACCAUGAGGUGAUGCCCGGAGGCAGUGUCAACUUGACCUGUGUAGCUGUGGGAUCACCCAUGCCCUUUGUCAAGUGGAUGAUGGGAGUCGAAGAACUCACCAAGGAGGACGAGAUGCCCAUUGGUCGUAAUGUUAUGGAGAUUACCAACAUCAAGGUGUCCACUAACUACACCUGUGUGGCCAUAUCAUCUCUGGGCAUGAUCGAGGCUACCGCUCAGGUCACGGUGAAAGCCCUCCCUAAACCCCCGACCUCCCUGAAAGUGACAGAGACCACAGCCACCAGUGUGACGCUGACCUGGGACUCUGGCAACCCAGAACCCGUGUCCUACUACAUGAUCCAGUACCGGCCCAAAACCUCCGACACGGGCUUCCAGGAGGUGGACGGAGUGGCCACCACGCGCUACAGCAUCGGAGGCCUCAGCCCCUACUCGGAGUACGAGUUCCGCGUGAUGGCGGUGAACAACAUCGGGCGCGGGCCGCCCAGUGAGCCCGUGGAGACCCGGACGGGGGAGCAGGCUCCCUCCUCGCCCCCCCUGGCCGUCCAGGUGCGCAUGCUGAGCGCCUCCACCAUGCUGGUCCAGUGGGAGCCCCCCGAGGAGCCCAACGGACAGAUCAGAGGGUACCGGGUGUACUACAGCUCUGACGCCGGCGCCCCGCUCAGUGCCUGGCACAAACACAACACGGACGACAGCAGACUGACCACCAUCUCAGGCCUGACCACUGACAUCACAUACAGCCUCCGGGUGCUGGGCUUCACCUCUGUAGGGGACGGGCCUCCGUCCGAUGUCCUGCAGGUCAAGACCCAGCAGGGAGUCCCUGCACAGCCCUCCAGCUUCGAGGCCGAGGCAGAGCUGGACACGCGAAUCAUGUUGACCUGGCUGUGGCCGGUCCAGGACUCCAUCACCAAGUAUGAACUGGAAUACUGGGAGGACAACUCUGACAACAAGAUCCACGUGACCUUUAACCCUGCAGGGUCAUAUGCCGUAGAGGGUUUGAAGCCUGACACCCUGUACCGCUUCUCCCUGGCAGCCCGCUCCGAGUUCGGCCUGGGGGUCUACACUCAGCCUAUUGAGGCCCGCACAGCUCAGUCCACCCCCUCCGCCCCUCCUCAGGAGGUCCACCUGUCCAGUCUAAGCUCCACCUCCCUCAAGGUGAGUUGGGUGGCCCCGCCCGCUGCAUCCCGCCACGGUGCCAUCGUGGCGUACACAGUCAGCUACCAGGCCACGGGCAGCACCAGCGAGGACCUGGAGCGCCAUGAGGUGUCGGGCAUUGGAGCGGACGCCACUAGUUAUGUUCUGGAGGGCCUGGAGAAGUGGACCGAGUAUCAGGUGUGGGUUAGAGCUCAUACUGAUGUAGGGCCCGGCCCAGAGAGUGCCCCGGUCAGGAUCAAAACUAAAGAGGACGUGCCAGGCGCUCCGCCCAGGAAGCUGGAGGUGGAGGCCGUGAACUCAACGGCCAUCCGGGUGACGUGGAAGCCCCCCCUGCCAGGGAAGCAGCACGGUCAAAUCAGGGGCUACCAGGUCAUCUUCUCCCGGCUGGAGAACGGAGAGCCGCGAGGUCAACCCAACAUCAUGGAUGUAGCUCUGCCGGAGGCUCAGUGGAAUAUUGACCAGUCCACAGAGUAUGAGGCCAUCAUUACUGGUCUGCACUCUGAGACCACCUACUCUGUCACCGUUGCAGCCUACACCACCAAGGGAGAUGGAGCGCGCACCAAAGCUAAAGUCAUCACUACCACCGGAGCAGUCCCAGGACGACCCACCAUGAUGAUCAGCACUACCAUCGGGAACACAGCUCUGAUCCAGUGGCAGCCUCCUAAAGACAUCGUGGGAGAACUGAUGAGCUACCAGUUGCAGUACAAAUGCCAGGAGGACACGACCUAUACCUCGCGGGAGUUCAAAAGCACGGACAACCACUACACUGUCACCGGCCUACACAAGGGCGCCACCUACGUGUUCAGACUGAGCGCCAGUAACCGGGCCGGGAUUGGAGAAGCCUAUGUCAAGGAGAUCAGCACGCAAGAGGACACGCCUAGCGGGUUCCCAUUAAACCUCCGUGUGACCGGCCUGACCACAUCGACCACCCAGCUGUCAUGGGACCCCCCAGCUCUGCCGGAGAGGAAUGGCAAGAUAGUACAAUACAUUGUGGUGUACAGAGACAUUAACGACCAGAACAACAGCACUAACAGGACGUCAGACACUCGCAUGACGAUCCACGGGCUGAAACCUGACACCACCUACGACAUCAGAGUCCAGGCCUUCACCAGUAAAGGAGGAGGACCUAUCAGCCCCAGUAUACAGAGCAGAACCAUGUCCACCUCGCCCGCGUUCGCCACAAGCUUCGGUGUCAAAGCUGUCAUGAAGACCUCAGUCCUGCUCACAUGGGAAGUGCCAGAAAACUACAAGUCCCAAGUGCCUUUCAAGAUCCUGUACAACCAGCAGAGUGUUGAGGUACAGGGGAACCUGAAGAGGAAGCUGAUAACUCGUCUCCAGCCAGACACAGACUACAGCUUUGUGUUGAUGUCCAGAGGGAACAGUGCCGGAGGUCUACAGCAGCAGGUCUCCAUCAGGACGGCCCCAGACCUCCUCAAGACCAAACCUGUCCUCUACUCCCCCCAGCAGAACCAGGGAGGGAAGCUCACCAUAGACCUACCCAAAGUACAGACCAUUGCUCAAGUCAGGUGGUACUACAUUGUGGUGGUACCAAUAUCUCAGUCGUCGCGGAGAUGGGAGAAUCCUGACGAGAUGGACCUAGAUGAGUUGUUGGAGUCCGGUGAGGGUCCGGUCCUUCGGCGCCGGCGCCAGGUAGAGUCCACCCGACCGUACAUCGCUGCCAAGCUGUCCUCGCUGCCUACCACCUUCACGCUAGGAGAUGAGAAGAGGUACAACGGCUUCUACAACAGGCCCCUGCCGGGACAGCAGCAGUAUCUGGCCUUUAUCCUGGCUGCCCUGAAGGAGCAGGACCAGGACAACAGUGACAGACAUAGGACCUUCUCAGCCAGCCCGUACUCAGACCCCAUCCAAGUGUCUCCCAACGUGGCCAAGAGUGUUGAGCAGCCGGAGAUGCUGUGGGUGAUGGGCCCUGUCCUGGCCGUGGUGCUCAUCAUCAUCAUCGUCAUCGCCAUACUGCUUUUCAAGAGCAAACAGGAGAGGAAGAGAGCCUCUCCCCUCCCGAAAGAUGACCACUCUGGAGGUGUGAAGGACUCAUUGCUAGGCAACUCCACUGACCCGGUGGAGAUGAGGCGGCUCAACUAUCAGACACCAGGUCCCAGUUCUCCGCGCUGCCCCAACACUCCAAGAAUGAGGGAGCACCCUCCCAUCCCUGUCAGUGAGCUGGCAGACCACAUAGAGAGACUCAAAGCCAACGACAGCCUGCGCUUCUCACAGGAGUAUGAGUCCAUAGAUCCAGCCCAACAGUUCACCUGGGAGAAUUCCAACAUGGAGGUCAACAAGCCAAAGAACCGUUAUGCCAAUGUCAUAGCCUACGACCACUCCAGAGUUGUCCUGACAUCUGUGGACGCUGUCCCAGGUAGCGAUUACAUCAACGCCAACUACAUAGACGGCUACAGGAAGCAGAACGCCUACAUCGCUACGCAGGGCCCACUUCCUGAAACCCUCAGCGACUUCUGGAGGAUGGUGUGGGAGCAGAGAGCUCACACCAUAGUGAUGAUGACACGGCUGGAGGAGAAGUCACGGGUGAAGUGUGACCAGUACUGGCCGGUCCGAGGGACAGAGACAUACGGAAUGAUCCAGGUCACCAUGUUAGACACAGUAGAGCUGGCUACAUACAGCGUACGCACCUUCGCCCUCUACAAGACCGGCGUGAAGAAUGGGUCCAGUGAGAAGCGCGAGAUUCGUCAGUUCCAGUUCAUGGCGUGGCCAGACCACGGAGUGCCAGAGUAUCCCACCCCCAUCCUGGCCUUCCUGCGCCGUGUCAAGGCCUGCAACCCCCCUGACGCCGGGCCCAUGGUGGUCCACUGCAGUGCGGGCGUGGGUAGAACCGGCUGUCUGAUUGUGAUCGAGGCCAUGCUGGAGCGUAUGAAGCACGAGAAGUCUGUGGACAUCUAUGGUCAUGUGACGUGUAUGAGGGCCCAGAGGAACUACAUGGUGCAGACGGAGGACCAGUACGUGUUUAUCCACGAGGCCCUGCUGGAGGCAGCCACCUGCGGCCUGACGGAGGUCCCCGCGCGCAACCUGUACGCCCACAUCCAGAAGCUCACCCAGCCGGCCGCCGGGGAGACCGUCACCGCCAUGGAGCUGGAGUUUAAGAGACUGGCCAACUCCAAAGCACACACAUCCAGGUUCAUCAGUGCCAAUCUGCCCUGCAACAAGUUCAAGAACCGGCUGGUGAACAUCAUGCCCUUCGAGUCGACCCGCGUGUGUCUGCAGCCUAUCAGAGGAGUGGAGGGGUCUGACUACAUCAACGCCAGCUGCAUCGAUGGAUACAGACAACAGAAGGCCUACCUGGCCACCCAGGGGCCCCUGGCGGAGACCACGGAGGACUUCUGGAGGAUGCUGUGGGAACACAACUCCACCAUCGUGGUCAUGCUCACCAAGCUCAGGGAGAUGGGACGGGAGAAGUGUCAUCAGUACUGGCCCGCGGAGCGUUCAGCCCGUUACCAGUACUUUGUGGUGGACCCCAUGGCUGAGUACAACAUGCCCCAGUACAUCCUCCGAGAGUUCAAGGUCACCGACGCCAGGGAUGGCCAAUCCAGGACGAUCCGUCAAUUUCAGUUCACUGAUUGGCCAGAGCAAGGAGUGCCAAAGACCGGUGAAGGAUUCAUUGAUUUUAUUGGCCAAGUUCAUAAAACCAAGGAGCAGUUUGGACAGGAUGGACCAAUCACUGUUCACUGCAGUGCGGGGGUGGGCCGGACAGGCGUGUUCAUCACGCUGAGCAUCGUCCUGGAGAGGAUGAGGUACGAGGGCGUGGUGGACCUCUUCCAGACGGUGAAGACGCUACGCACUCAAAGACCCGCCAUGGUGCAGACUGAGGAUCAGUAUCAGCUGUGCUACAGAGCAGCUCUGGAGUACCUGGGCAGUUUUGACCACUAUGCAACGUAACCACUCUGAGUUGAACAGCCUCUGGCACUUUGUGUCCCAUCUCAUCCACCGUACCUGAAUCAAACCAACCGCCUGAAAUGUCACCUGACCCCGCCACAGUUAUCCUAUCAAGGGGAAGAAGGGAGGGGCCACUGUCUCCUAGCGACAGGUUCAACCAUUUAACCAAUCCCAGAGGUCUACUACUUAAGAACAUCACACUGACGAGAUCCAACAACAAAAGAAUACCUUGUCGUUGACAACUGUACUGGAGCGAGUGACAGUUACCACUGAGUUCUGGUCUCUGUUCUAAAAUAUGCCAUAUGUUCUACUGGUAGCACUAAGAGAGGACCUUUCUUUUCUUAUUUUAUUAUCGUUAUCAUGACAAAUUAUUAUGAAUAAUAAUGUUGUUCUCAUUAUUUAGUUGUUUUUUUAUAAUCAUUUUAAUACAUCAGGCAUUUCCUUUGUCUUAAUGGCCUUGCUGUGGUCCUGCAUUUUAGUUUUUCCAUAAUCGGUACAUUUUAUUUUCUAGGUUAUGUUAGCACAAAGGACCUGUAUUUUUAACUUGUUCCUAGAUACUAACACAGGAGAGCCACUGUUUGUUCUCUGAAGCUGCUGUCGGUUUAUCUUUGUACCCUGAUUUUAUUGUUUAUUAUUCUCAUGUAUUUUUCAGUCUUAUUUGUUUUAAUAUGGAGCUGGGUUAACUUUGAUAAUAAGCCUUUUCACAUUGUUUUUUCUUAUAAAAAAGGAUUUUAAAAGAAGUACAAAAUCAUUUGAAAACGUACACCAACCACAAUAGAGGUACUGAGUAUAUAAACUACAAUAGCUAGUGAGAAUCCUGGAAUCAACUUAUCACAACUAAAUCUCCAUUGUACAGACACUCAAAGAGCACAUGAUUAUUU